UGUUUUACCGAAGACCUUCACUCAAUCAUCAUCGGCAGGUAUCUCAUGCGCCGCGUAUAGUAGACGGCAGUUUCUCGAAGCACACCGAAAUUGCCGGCGGCUAUAAUGAGCAUCAUGCUAUCGAAAUGACAGGUUCUAUUGAGUUGGCACAUAUCCCAAGAUAUCGUCAGAUCAUCUGCAAAGCUAUUGGCAGUUCUCUAACCGAUAUCUUGGUACAUAUGCAACUUUGUUGUCGGUCGAACCGAGCUUCCGGUCUCGGUCUAAUUGCAUCACGAUUGAGUGUCGUGAGAUUGAAGUUGUGGACCUUGAUGAGGCUACCCUGAACUGAAGCAUCACGUUGAUGUUCUCAAGAUCAAGAACGCAAAACCAUUGAAUAUGUAACAUGAUCCAUCAAAUGACUAUUUGUAAUUGCCAGACCAAGGCAGUGGCUGAUAUUUGCAUUUCAAUUCGUGUUUUGGUAUCAUAUCAUGUUGACAAUCUGCAUAGAGUUGACCCUACUGCAACGAGCCCCACGCCUCGACAUGUUAAGCCGAGCCGUGAAGGGCUCCUGAAGUCUUUAUCAUCAAAACUGAGCCAUUUGUUGUUACAUUACUACUCACCAUUGAUAACCGAUAGCCAAUAAGACUUUCAUUUCCGUACAUAUGCCCACAUUACAAUGACGUUGAGCUCAAGUAGGAUGCAUCAACCCCGCUGAGGGGUUGAUGAGGCAUUCAUAUAUUAAUACGCAUCCUCUGCCAUUCUCAACUCUUGUCCUUCAACUCAAUUCUUUGACAGUUAUCUUGUCUCAAUUUAGUAACUUUGUUUCGAACACUACUCACAUAACUUUCGGUACGAUGUGACAGCGCACGACUAAGGAGCAAUGGCUCUCUUCGCAAUUAUUACCAUGUAUCAAGGUAACGUUUAAAAGAACGCAUCCGGGUGUUCAAUUGCCUCUAUGCUCUGUACCUCCCCUCAUCUCACAGCAUGUCUCAUUCACCUUCAAUGGUGGUGACUUCACAUGGUGAUUGAGGACAGGCAGAGCAGGGCAGUUGAUCUGAGAAAUACCGGCGAACUUGAUCUGGAUAAUACCAGCGAAAGGACAUGCUUCUUGACAUCCCCCCCUUGCUCCGGGUGACCGGGAACUAACCCUAGCAGUACACCACUUGAUCUUUCAUCAUGUCGACUGAUAAGAUCACUUUCCUCACCAACUGGCACGCUACGCCUUACCAUGCGCCGCUGUACCUAGCCCAGGCCAAGGGAUACUUUAAGGAGGAGGGAAUCAAGGUUGCUCUUCUUGAGCCCAACGAUCCUAGUGUAAGUGCUUGUUCUAUGAUGGAUGGCGAUCAAGACGCUGAUGGCCUCCCAGGAUGUCACUGAGAUCAUUGGUACUGGCAAGGUCGACCUUGGCUUCAAGGCCAUGAUUCACACUCUGGCUGCCAAGGCUCGAAACUUCCCCGUCCAGUCCAUCGGUAGUCUUCUCGACGAGCCAUUCACUGGCGUCGUCUACCUCAAGGACUCUGGCAUCACCACCGACUUCCGCACCCUCAAGGGCAAGCGCAUCGGCUAUGUUGGUGAAUUUGGCAAGAUCCAGAUUGACGAGCUUACCUCGCACUAUGGCAUGACUCCUGAUGACUAUACUGCCGUGCGCUGUGGUAUGAAUGUCUCCAAGGCCAUCAUCAAGGGCGAGAUCGAUGCCGGUAUUGGUCUGGAGAACGUCCAGAUGGUUGAGCUCGAGGAGUGGCUCUCUGCCCAGGGCCGUCCCAAGGAUGAUGUUCAGAUGCUUCGCAUCGAUGAGCUCGCAGAGCUCGGCUGCUGCUGCUUCUGCACCAUCCUCUACAUCGGUAACGAGAAAUUCCUCGCUGAGAACCCCGAGAAGGUCCGCUCAUUCCUUCGUGCCGUGAAGAAGGCCACCGACUUUGUCCUCGCCGAGCCCGAGAAGGCCUGGGCUGAGUACGUCGACUUCAAGCCCGUCAUGGGCACCGCGCUCAACCACAAGAUCUUUGAGCGCAGCUUUGCCUACUUCAGCAAGGACCUCAAGAACGUCAAGCGUGACUGGGAGAAGGUCACCAAGUACGGCAAGCGUCUUGGUGUUCUGGACGAGAGCUUUGAGCCCAACUACACCAACUCGUACCUCGAGUGGACUCUUUCUGGAGAGUCUAGUGACCCUACUGGGGACCAGAAGCGUAUUGCUCAGCUUCAGAAGGACGUUGCUGCUUCUGGUGGCUUCCACCGUCUUCAGGCUGAGGUCAAGGCUUAAUUGAAGCUCGGGAUGAUACGAAGGAAUAUGGUUUGACCUAGUACAGAUACAUAUCUGAUACACUCUCUUAUGGUCUGGAGGAAGCUACAAGGUCACUCGUUUAGUAGGCUCUGCCACACCAAUAUCAAGUAAACUUACUCUCGUAUUUUCAGUCCAUUUACGUGAAGUCUGUUAUCCCGUGACGAUGCUGGCCUUGGACUGGAAUGUUGACUGCCACCACGUUGAUGAACCGUUUCCGGCCAAACGGCUGGGCGGCUGGAUUAGCCGUUUCCUAAAAUAUGCAUCUCUGUAAGCGCAUUUCUUUCGUGCGGCUGAGAUUUCCAUGUUGAAACUUCUAUCCGGAUGUAGAAUGAGUGAAGUUUACUACAGCCCUACACGAACUGAGACAUGCUGACCGAGCACCCGGAAGCCACUCGAUCUUAAAAGGCUGACAUGAUAAGGCCGGUAUAUUUAAAUCUUGAAAGACACAGUGAGAGUUUCUUAGAGAGCUUUCACAGAGAGAUUUCUGAGUGUAUGUAUGAAAGGAAGGUAUUAUAAUAUUGGUGGCGUUGAAGCCUGCUUGGUGUAUAUGCACGAUGCCUAUCUACAUGUGACCCAAGAAACAUUAAAGAAUUUGCAUUAUCGUCUUCGAAACUCAUAGAAUUUAUAUCGUGGAGGGAAUAUGUGCCAUUAUGGUGUAAACUCAAGAACGUGCUCUGGGUGCGGGUUGGCGAGGAAGUCUGGGGGCAGUGUACCAGGAGGAGGAGCCUGAAUCAAGGUUCAUUAGCAUUCUGGGCAGGGAUCAAAUUAGAAGACGCUUACCUGAAGCUUCUCUGACCAC